UUGAUUUCUAUCACGGAUAAUCGGUGACAGAACACGUUAACAAAGCACAUUGUUCUGAUCUAAUUUCUUUCAAACUUCGGGAAGAAAUUUAAAUGCUUAAUUUAAUGAACACGAGGUGAAAUAUAAAGCUAAAUGUUCUCGCCAAGGAAUGCUUUCCCUAUAUUCCGAUCAACUGAGCUUUAAUGUAAACGCACGACGAGAAUGAAGAAGAUGGUGAAGAUAUCCCCCGAACUUAUAAAAAAAUGUCCGAGUCAAACGAAGAAGAAAAAAAGCGAAACGACGCUCCAAUACUUGAAGAGACUUACGCACGUUUUCUUGGCUGAGAGAUUUGUCGAUGAAAUUAAUAAUUUAUCGAUGUGUCGAAAUCUCUCUGUUUUGUAUCUUUACGAUAACAACAUCUGCAAAAUAGAAAAUCUUGGUUUUGCCGCCAACCUGACGCAUCUAUACCUGCAGAAAAACAACAUAACGAAGAUAGAGGGUUUGAGCAACAUGAAAAGAUUAUCGAAAUUGUAUUUGGGUCAGAACUGCAUAACUGUGGUCGAGGGUCUUGAGCAACUCGAGGAUCUUCGUGAAUUUCAUAUUGAAAACCAACAAUUACCAGAUGGAGAGAAACUUCUUUUUGAUCCAAGAUCAAUAAGAGCCAUUGGGUCGUGUCUAAACGUGAUGAACAUAUCGGGGAACAACAUAGAUAAUCUAGAUGAUUUACACAGUUUAUCCAGCAUAAUUCAGCUAAAUGCUCAGGACAAUAACAUCACCAGUACAAAGGGAUUAAUGAAAAGUCUAAACAAUUGGCCUUCGUUGAUCAAGUUAGACCUGACCGGAAAUCCUGUUUGUGAAAAGAAGAAAUACAGAGAUCGUGUGUUUGUGAUGUCUAAAACGCUGGUAAUGUUAGAUGGAAAGGAAAUCAGCGAGACUACGAAGAGAUUUCUACUCAACUGGAAGGCAAGCCGCGAUGCAAGAAAACGACAACUAUUACAAAGACAAAAACGCUCGCAAGAACUGGAAAAAGCCACGUGUUCCGAACCGGAAAUGACGUCAAUCUAUUUCCAAACCGUGCCGCCGUCCUUGCCACAGUUGAACACAGCGUUCGCGGGCUCGUAUCCAAGACGAAUUUCCUCCGGGACGACAUUGGAAAGUUGCACAUCUGGAACAAGAUCUCAACACACAAGAUUUCCGAGUAUUUUCUCGUCCGAGCAAGAUUUGCCAUUGUCACGUGGUCAGUCGUGGAUUUCGGAAAGCAAAAAUCCCAGAGUUCCAUUGCAGACGGCGCCGUAUUAAAAAGAUGCUUAUUUUAGAUGAUAGAAAAAUUACUUAAGAAUCGUUUGACGAAGUGUAUAGAAAAUAUUACCAGAUAUUAGAAAUAAAUUACGAGUUUCUUCGAGUGGAUAUCUCGCUCGCCACGAA